GUCACGCGCUGUUAGUAAAAGUUGGGAUAGAGUGAGAAGCGGAGCGAAAGAGAGAGAGAGAGAGAGAGAGAGAGAGAUUACAGUCUAUAUAGCGUUCCUGGUUGUGUUGAUAAAUAGCGGAUGAAAUUUUUUCGGCUGAUUGUUUUACAAGUUGUUUUAGAAGAUUAGCUCAACUCUGCAUGAACACUCAACCUUAGAUAGAGACAGAGAGAGAGACAGAGAGAGAGACAGAGAGAGAGAGAGCGCGAGAGAGAGAGAGACAGAGCGCGCGCGCGCUUUAGAAAAACUUGACACUCGGUGUGUUUCCAAAAUUCAGAAAGUUGAGCUCUUUUCUUCUCUACUGUAGUAAAUGUUGUGACAGUAAGGAGAGAGCCGGCGCGGACAGACGGGAGAGAAGCCGAGCUGUCAAACCCGAUGAGUAGUGCAGACUGCAGCGGGAAUGAGGAGCUGGACUUCAGGCUGAUCUUCGGUGAAGACGGCCAGCAGCCGCCGCCAGGCCCCGCAGAACUUGUGCCGGAUGACACCACAUCGUUCUACAUCCUGAACGUGGGUCAGCCUCCACCAGUGGUGAACCAGACCCUAGGUGACCAUAGGCAUGGAGUCCAGCCUCACUCCCAGCUCAUCUCUACUUCUCCUACAUUGCAGCCUCUUCACAAGCCCUUUGAGCCCAGCUAUGAGUCCCCCAGUGGAGGUGGAGGAGGUGCAGGUCGGCCCCCCAAGGCCUUCGAAUGCCCAAGCAUCCAGAUCACCUCCAUCUCCCCAAGCUGCCAGCAAGAGCUCGAUGGGAAUGAGGCUGACCUUCGGUCCAAAGGUGUGGAUGGGGAUUUCCACGAGCCACCACUGUCUCGGGACCACCUGUAUUUGCCCCUGGAUCACUCAUACCGCGAUUCAUCACUGAGCCCAAGCCCCUGCAGCAGCUUGUCAUCACGUAGCUGGUUCUCAGACGCUUCGUCAUGUGAGUCCAUCUCUCACGUGUAUGAUGACGUGGAUUCAGAGCUGAAUGAAGCAGCGGCGCGUUUCACGCUGGGAUCUCCUCUGGCUUCGCCACAGGGUGCCCCACUGGAGGAGCAAUGGCAACAACAGCACCAUCACCCCCACCAUCCCGGUUACGCCCCGUCACUCUCCCACCCACACACCCACUCUCUCUCUCCACGUCAGUCACCAUGCCACUCACCACGCACCAGCGUCACUGACGAGAAUUGGCUCAGCCCACGGCCGCCUUCACGUCCAUCCUCACGGCCCACGUCGCCUUGCGGUAAGCGGCGCCACUCCAGUGCCGAUAUCUGCUAUUCCGGAUCGCCACAUCACUCUCCAACACCAACCCCAGGCCCCUCGCCCAGAGGCAGCGUCACCGAGGACACCUGGAUCGGCAGUCCUAUAGAUAUAGCAUCCUUCCAGUGCUGCACCCCAGACCCUGACAUCCCGUCCAAGACCAGGAAGACAUCACAGGACUGUUCAGCUACCCUACAGACCGCGAAAACCGAUCUCAGUAUGGACAAUUCGGGAAAUAUCUCCCCGCUUCGCGAUUCCCCGGCGGAUGAAUCCAUGCACGGACUGAAAAAAGAUGGAGCUGGCGAGCAAUUCCUUUCUGUUCCCUCUCAUUUCACCUGGAACAAACCCAAGCCAGGACAUACACCUAUUUUCAGGACGUCCUCCCUGCCCCCCCUGGACUGGCCCUUGCCGAGUCAGUACAAUCAGUUUGAGCUGAAGAUAGAGGUGCAUCCUAAAGCCCACCACCGGGCACACUACGAGACCGAGGGCAGCCGAGGAGCCGUCAAAGCAGCCUCCGGCGGACACCCUGUCGUCAAGCUCAUCGGCUACAACGAGAAGCCUGUAAAUCUGCAGAUGUUCAUCGGGACGGCAGACGACCGCUAUUUAAGACCGCACGCUUUCUACCAGGUUCACCGCAUCACAGGGAAAACGGUGGCCACGGCGAGCCAGGAAAUCAUGAUCUCUAGCACCAAGGUUCUGGAGAUUCCUCUCCUUCCUGAGAACAACAUGUCUGCCAGUAUUGACUGUGCCGGGAUUUUAAAGUUAAGGAACUCUGAUAUCGAGCUGAGAAAAGGUGAGACGGACAUCGGACGGAAAAAUACCCGAGUGCGUGUGGUGUUUCGGGUUCAUAUCCCGCAACCCAACGGAAGAGUUCUGUCCCUACAAGCUGCCUCGAUCCCUGUGGAGUGUUCCCAGCGCUCAGCACAGGAGUUACCUCAGGUGGAGAAGUUCAGUUUGAGCAGUUGUCCAGUCAGUGGAGGAGAGGAGAUGGUCAUCACAGGUUCAAACUUCUUCCCUGAGUCAAAGGUCAUUUUCCUGGAGAAAGGCCCUGAUGGACGACCACACUGGGAGGUGGAAGCCAAGAUCAUUCGGGAGAAGAGUCAAGGGUCAAGCCUUGUAGUGGAAGUUCCACCGUACCACAGCAAGAGCAUCAGCUCGGCAGCGCAGGUACAGUUCUACGUGUGCAACGGGAAGCGGAAAAGGAGCCAAUCACAACGAUUCACCUACCUGUCAGUCCUGGUUAAACAGGAGCACCGAGACGACUUGGACCCCCCUACCGUGCCGCCGAUGCCCAUGCCCCAUGCACAUGCUGUUGGUCUGGUUCGUUCUCCGGUCCUGUCCUCCCCAGACCACUCACAUUCACAGGAUGGGCUUCUGCCAGGCUCCCCACAUGGCCUGGCACCCUCCAUGCACCCUCUCCAGACACCCUGUGCUCCUCUUCACUCACCUACCUUUUCUCACCUGCCUCACCUCCAGGCCCGAGGUCUUCACCCACCUCCCGAAUGCCAGAUGCCCUUCCAUCCAGGCAAUGUGCCCCCCUCCAGGCCAACCUACCCUCCUCUUCAGCACAACCUACCCUUUAAUGGCCAAGCCAGUCUACCUGGAGCCAGCUCUCAGGCCUACGAGCGUGUGCCCUUCCAACCGGAGCCAGCCGGGUGCCACCCUUUGGGAAUGGGCAUGGUGUAUGGCUCACAAGUUUCAGCUCCUGCCUCUGGAACUGGCCCCUCAAGCCCCAGCCACUCUUCUCCUCAACUCCAUUCUCUGGGCUAUCACUGUGCCACCCCAGCUCAGGUGACCUCACCGACCCAUUCCCUCGGUCAACCUGGAAUGCCGCUCCAGCGCCCGCUCAGCUACCAUCCAGUCGGGCAACGUUCAGCCUCGUGCCCGACGCCCUCCAAUGCACCUGCCCGAAUGGUACCCCUGCCCCACUCGGGUCCAUCUUCUCCUCAGCUGCACUCACUGCCGUACCAGUCACCCACCUCGUCUUCUCCCACCAGCAGCCCUCUGGGUGCCCAGCCCUCACCCCAAGCCAACAGCCCCGUCAUGACAGGGAUUCCCACCCCAGGACCCAUGGUGCAUCCACUGGCACCACAACAAGGCCCGUUUACCAGCGAGAGAGAGAGGCUGAACAUCAAGCAAGAACCAGAGGACAGAGAACUCACGUUCCGCUCUAUAGGCCUGCAGGAUAUUACACUGGAUGAUGUAAACGAGAUCAUCGGCAGAGACAUGUCUCAGGCUCCAGGGGUUCAUGGACCCUCAAGCACGCUGGGUCACUCGUAGCCCCGUGCCCGCUGCUCUCAACUGUACGGCAGCAUGUCUGCGGGUCCCGGCGAGCUCUGGACUCGAGAGACGCAGACAGACACAGCGCUUCCAUCCACUCGCAUCCUUUCAAACGAGACCAGACCCAGCCAGACAGAGAAGAUCUACUGAUGCUGACAUUCGUACAACCAGCCAAGCAUCACAGCAUUCACAAACCAAGUUAUAAAGAAGAUAUUCGGCGGAAGACGAAACGAUCAAACCAAAACACGCUGGAUAAUGUGGCUACAGAUAAUAAACACAGUGAACAGUUCAUCUCUUUCUCUCUCCCUCAGCUUCUUCUCUCGCAGUAGUUCUCAGGCGCUUUUUGUUUUGUUUUGGAUCAGCCAUCUAAUGAAAAGAGCAAUCUAUGCAGCCCAGUAUGAAUAUGCAAUACAAAAGAAAAUCACACAGACCAAAUGUAGCAUAAUAUAUGUAGAUGCUUUGCUCUGGAGUUUGGGUCCGAUUGGAUGGAAAAUGGAAUUCAAGAGGUCUUUGGAUCAUCGUUGAUGCUGCCUCUUGAAAUCAGCGUUAUCUCAGCAGCGCCCUCUGGAGGACAAGCUGCUGAUGUGUUAAUGAUAUGCAACAUUCCACACUUUUCUAGAGUCUUUUUAUUUUCAUGAACGAUCGCCCUUUUUCCUCUUCAGGUUGAACAAAUGCCUUAUAAGCCUAGCAGCUUGGAUUGACUGAAAAAAAAAAAAAAAAGCUUUUAAUAGAGACGUUAUAUUGUUCUGUUGUUGUUUUUUUUUUUCUAUAUUUUCUUCUUCAUAAAGCUGAAUUCUGUGCCGAGGACACAGUUCAAGUUUGCGUGUUUUGCAUUUCAAGUUCUAGUGUGCAGCAAAAGCGUGUAACAUUUUCAAACGCAAUACACCCAUCGAGUAGUAUCUGUACUCCAUACAGAAAAAUCCAUACCACUGUAGAAAGUCCAAUCGAAGUUGUCGUAUUGUCGGUGUGUUAGCUGAUACUCCCGUGUGCCUUUCAAGUGACAAUCACGCUCAGAUAUAGGAGAAACCAUGCACAUAUGUUCAAUAUGGUGGCCAUGUUGUCGUGGUUAAAAAAAUGCUGCUUUCAGACUGUACGGGAUUUUUUUUUUUUUUUUUUUUGCUACAGCAAAACUAUAACCAUAAGUUUAUCCUAGCAGACAUUUUCUAUGUACGUCUGCAACAUGGAGCUACAGUUUCAGCGCCAAUGGCAACCGACAUAAUGACGUCACAAUUUUAUCAAUUCUAUGCAAAUCGGUUGUGACGUCAUAAGGCAACAAAUCGAAACGAUUGGCUCAGAACAACUCAGCAAGCGUGGUCCUAUUUUCUCCAUUACCUUUGCACAAAUGUACGCCAUUUAGCAGGUAUCUUUAUCUGUAGCGACUCUCAGAAGUACUUUUUAUCAAUGAAUAUAAUGAAUACCGGUUCACUAGAUCAUGUACUCGGAAUGCCAUAAGUCUAAAAAAAAAAAUUGUUGGGAUGAAAUACAGGAAGAAUAGUUAAGCAUUUCAGGAAGAUUUUGGGUCUGUAGAAGUGACUCUGCUUUUCGGCCAUCCUAAGGGAAGUUCAUUCCAUCGCCCAGGUGCCACAAGCAGGUCUUCCUGAUACUCUUGAGAAAUGGUGGGAUUCAUAGGCGCCCUUUUUUGCCGACCCAAGGUAUUUUGUGACCCAGUUCCCAAUCAGGGAAAUGUUUGUUCCCGGUUUUCUCGCUCUGUUCCAGAGUUCUGCCUCCCGGCUUCACUGCUGCUGCAGUUGUCGAUGCUUAAUGACUGUUCAAUUAAAGAAAUGGCAGCUAAUUGAAGAGAGGCUUGCGGCAACUGAAGGUUUCGUUUUAGUUACGAACCUGCUCAUUUAAGACUAAUUGACAUUACUACAACGAUUUGAUCACUUUUAUCUAGAUCCGCGUGAUCUACCAAUCAGAGAGGCUUCCGAAUUUCAAAAAUUAAAUUAAUGGCGCAUAUCUGGCGAUUUUUCCUUGAGUGCUCGGCCAUUUCCGCGAGUGCUCGGCCAUUUCCGUGGCUGCUCGAGUCUCGGAGCACAUCCCCACGGAAUCAGCUCGAUAUCUCCUUGUGUUGAGAUGUCUCCUUACAUUUCACAAGGCUACCAGCUCUCCAUGUCUCUGAAAGGGACAUUAAAAUGUUUAGUUGUCUAUGAAGCAGUCACAUUUUCUUCUACAUAGAUCUCAAAACGUGCUGAAGGAAAAAAAAAAAAAAAAAAAAAAACCCGGAGUGUGAAAGCAGCCAAACUGCAUUGUGACAAUCAGCAGCUCAAUGUCGCAGGAUGUAAAGUUAUACAAAACUUUUUUCAAUUAACAAAUAAAUUCAUUAAUAAAUCAAUUUCACCACCAACCCAUCCCCAAAAAAAAGCUAGAUUGUGUACAAAGCAUUCUAGAUCAAGAUGAUGGAUCCUUUUUUUUUUAUUUUUCCAUGGGAACCAAAUGAAAUCAGUGUUUGAGGUUACUUACAGAAGCAGGACAAGAAUGUCGGAUAAUGCUUGAAAGCUUCUUCUUUUUUUUCUCCAGGAAUCGGUUGAUGGUGAGAAUUGGGUGCUAUCUUUCUGUAAAGAAAUGCGUUUUUAGUGUAACUGUGUAGAUUGAGGGUUUGAAAGAAUGAAAUCUGUGAAGAAUUUGUAUUGGAUAUCCCUGCCUUAAAAAAAAAAAAAAAAAAAAAGACAGACAGUAAUAACUUGUGUGUAUAUUUUUUCUAUUUUCCAGAAACUGGUACAGCUAUUUAGUUUUUCAUGUCUGAGUGGAUGAGACGGCUGUAUUCAUGACGGUUUGUUAAAAAUUGAAAACUUUUAAAAAAAAAAAAAAAAAAAAAAAAAAAAAUUGGAAAGAAAAUUUGCUAUGCACUAAAAACCUGCCUGUUGCCUUUUGACAAAAUAAACUAUUGAGAGAAAAAAAACGAAAACCUUGAUGCCUCUAGAUGUAGAUGCUGUAGAGCAGAUUAAGUGUAGAACAGUAUAAUGCCAGAUAUCUUUUUCUCCAUGUCAGAGCUGUGUGUGUGUGUGUGUGCCUGCUUUGUAGAAGGCUAAAGUGUCUCUGUAAGCAUCUUAACAUUUGUAGAGAACUGUUUUGUUUCUUUCUUUCUUUUCCUUUCCAGUAUCAGCAGUGAGAAGGCACACGGAUGGAUGCAUUUAGGCUAUGCAAAGACAGACAGCAACACGUCAGCUCAAGAAAUCCAAAAAAAUAAAAAAUUCAGAUGUUUGUUAGCCAGCUCUUGUAUAUACAUGUGUGUGUGUGUGUGUGUGUGUGUGUUUACCCGGUGACAUCAAUGCCACUUUUGACUAUUUAAUUUAAACUAUCAGAUCUAAACUAUCAGUAGGAACGCCUUAAACUACUUGUAUUUGAUUCACAGAUUUUUGAUUUAGGAAUAGCUUUUAAAACUAAAUCUGUAGAAGGAGGACAAAAGCGGAAAAAAACAAGCAUCUACUUUUGCCCUGUUCUUCAAACCAAAGACCGAACAAUGUGUUCCUGUUAUACAGACAGAUGACAAACAUAGACUCUAAAACUAUUUUUGAUACUUUUGAGAAAAAAAUAAAAGAUGGAUGUCAUUCCGAAAGUUGGGGGGAAA